AAAGUCUUGGCCCAACUUGGAUAGGCGCUGGGAGUCUGGGACUGCUCAGCCUCAAGGAACUUGAAGACAUGUUCAAACGUUGCACUGGCAGCAUAGGAUAAGUAGGUAGAGAAUCUUCACAGGGGAUCUAUCGAGCUAGGGAGCAGAUUUCUGUUAGGCUUUCACUUGAAAAGCGCACUUUGGAUGCAUGCCAAUCUUCGGAGGCGUACUACGUUGCGGGUGCCUGAUCAAUGCAUAUCAAUACUUCUUUUCACGACCUGCUUCAGAAUUGGUCAAAAGAGCCUGCACUUUUUGAUGAUCCAAUCUGCCUGAACUCAAGUUCUUUGCGUGGCGAGGCUUGGAUUUUGGUGCUCAAUUCUACACCAAGCAAGCUGCCCCCAUCUGAUGAGACAAAGUGAAAACGUUUGUUGCACAGAGACUGCACAGUAGGGACACUAUUGAAAGGUUUGCAACCAUCUCAAUUGAGAGCUGCCCAUAAGUGCCCCGCAGCCAAUGGCACAGAAGUUAGUACGGCCCGGCCCCCAUGGGAGCAAGUAGACCGGGGCGGUGCCCGUGAAUCUCUGCCAAGGGGGUGCGAUGGGGCGCUUCUGGCGCUUGCUGAGCGUGCUGCUUUGGAAGAACUGGCUGCUUAAGAAACGGCACCCUCUCUCCACAGCGCUUGAGGUGCUCUUGCCCGUGUGCGUGCUGGUGCUGUUGAUGGUCCUGCGCACGCAGGUGGACCACACGUUCCACGCCACCACCGCUUACAUCACCCCCAAGACGUACGUGCGCGUCGGUGCCUCCGACGCGUCCGCGCCGUUCCCCGCCAUCCUGGACCACUGCGCCAGGCGCGCCGCGCACAUUGCAUUUGUGCCGGGCAACUCGUCGUGGGUGCAGGACAUGGUCGCGCUGCUCUCCAUGCAGUUCCCAAAGCUCAAGGAGGUGGCGCUGCUGUAUCCCGACGAGGCGGCGUUGGAGGCGUAUGUUCAAACGCGGGAAUACGGCACCACGGACCCAGUCAGCGGCGAGGUGCACCCCUUCUUGUUGGGCGCGGUGGUGUUCCAUUCGACGGGCCCUGCGUAUGAUUACUCGCUGCGGCUGAACCACUCGUGGGCGCCCAGCGGCUUCCCGGACCUGCGCACCAUCAUGGACACUAAAGGCUCCGGCGUCAACGACCUCUUCCUCGGCCUCAACCUCAUCUCGCAGACGCAGUACGCGCUCUCCGGCUUCCUCACGCUGCAGCAGGUGGUGGACUCGUACAUCAUCUUCUCGUCCCAGGAGGACAGCGCGUGCCGCGGUGCGCCGUCGCGGCUGCUGUGCUCGCGCAGCUUCCACUGGAACCUGCCGGAGCACGUCGCAGUGGCGCCCUUCCCCACGCCGGGCUACACCGACGACUCCUUCCAGGCCAUCGCCAAGAAGGUCAUGGCCGUCCUGUAUCUCCUGGGGUUCAUGUUCCCCAUCUCCCGACUGCUGCGGCACAUGGUGCUGGAGAAGGAGGACCGGCUGAAGGAGGGCAUGGCCAUGAUGGGCAUGACGGACACCGCCGUCAACACGGCCUGGCUCAUCACCUACGGCGUGCAGUUCGGCGUGACGUCGGCCGUGAUCACGGCGGUGACGUGGAGCAGCCUGUUUGCUCACAGCGACAAGAGCGUGGUCUUCGCCUACUUCUUCGUCUUCGGCCUCUCCUCCAUCGGCCUCUGCUUCCUGCUCUCCACCUUCUUCUCGCGCGCGCGCACCGCUGCCUCCGUGGGCGCGCUCGCGUUUCUUGGCGCCUUCUUCCCCUACUACACCCUCGUCGACCCGCAGGCCCCAGGGUGGGCGCGCGUGGUGGGCAGCCUGUCCAGCCCGACCGCGUUUGCGCUGGGCACGGCCAACUUUGCGGACUACGAGCAGGGCCACGUCGGCCUGCGCUGGAGCAACAUCUUCCAGCCGUCGUCGGGCAUCAACUUCGGGGUGUGCUUGCUCAUGAUGCUGCUCGACGGCCUGCUCUACUGCGGCCUCGGCUGGUACGCUGACAAGGUGCUCCCGCGCGAGCAUGGCGUGGCGCGCCCCUGGUACUUUCCGCUGCUGCGCUCUUACUGGGCCCCAGUGCGGCCGCUCCCCGAGCCCAUGCGGCCGGGCCGGUUCUCGCGCGCGGCGGGGGGCAGCGCCGACUUGGAGGCGGGCCUGCUGAGGCAGCGCAGCGUGGAGAGCGUGGAGCAGUGGGAGUCGGGCUUCAGCAGCGACUCCGGCAUGAGCGACGUCGGGCGGGGGGAGGCGCGGGAGGAGCCGCGCGGGGAAGGCUUCGAGGCGGUGGGCAGGACGCUGAGGCGGCAGGAGAAGGAGGCCAGGUGCGUGGUUGUUAGCGGGCUGCGCAAGGACUUUGGCGGCGCGGUGGCCGUAGCAGGGGUGGAUCUGGUGCUGUACGAGGGCCAGAUCACGGCGCUGCUGGGCCACAACGGGGCUGGCAAGAGCACCACCAUCGCCAUGCUCACCGGCCUGGUGCCGCCCUCAGCGGGGGACGCGGACGUGCGCGGCAAGAGCAUCCACACGCACAUGGACGCCAUUCGACGGCAGCUGGGCGUGUGCCCGCAGCACGACAUCCUCUUUCCCGAGCUCACGGUGGAGGAGCACCUGCAGCUGUUUGCCACGCUCAAGGACGUCGACCGCGCCGCCAUCCCAGCCCAAGUGGCCAACAUGAUCCAGAGCGUCGGCUUGGCUGACAAGCGCCACGCGCGCGCUGCCAGCCUGUCCGGGGGCAUGAAGCGCAAGCUUUCAGUGGCCAUCGCCCUCCUGGGGGGCAGCCGCGUGGUGAUUUUGGACGAGCCGAGCGCGGGCAUGGACCCGUACAGCCAGCGCGCGAUCUGGCGGCUGCUGAAGCGCAGCAAGGCGGGCCGCUGCAUCCUGCUCACCACGCACUCCAUGGAGGAGGCCGACGCGCUGGGCGACAGGAUCGCUAUCAUGAGCCAUGGCAUGCUGCGGGCGGCCGCCAGCUCGCUGUAUUUGAAGAACCGUUUCGGCGUCGGUUACACGCUCACGCUCAUCAAGAAGGCGGACUGCGACUCGACGGCUAUUGAGGACACCAUACGACGCCACGUUCCUGUGGCUUCCCUGGUCAACGACGUGGCGAGCGAGCUGGCGUUCCGGCUGCCGCUCGCGCACACGGCGGCCUUCCCCGCGCUGUUCCACGACCUGGACGCGGCCGCGGCCGCGGAGCGAGGCAUCGCGGGCUACGGCGUCAGCGUGACCACCCUCGAGGAGGUCUUCCUGCGCAUCGCACGCGGGGACGCGGAGCAGAAUAAGGAUAGUGAGGAGGACAGGAUGAACGGCGGAGAGCAAGGGCACGAGGGCCGCGCCGAAGCGAGCGUCAGCAGGGAGGGAGACGCGGAGCGAGGAGGGGCCAAGGAGGGGCAGCCCGGGCGCCCGGGGCCGACCCUCAGCAAGGUGGGCAGCAGCAGCCGGUGGGUGAUGGCGCGCGUGCGGCGCAAGAUGUUCUGGAAGCACUGCCGCGCGCUGCUGCGCAAGCGGUGGCUGUGCGCGGUGCGCGACGUGCGCGGGUGCGUGUUCCAGCUGGUCAUCCCCGCGCUGUUCCUGCUGCUGGGCCUCACGCUGCUGCUGCUCAAGCCGCACCCCAACCUGCCCGCCGUGCACCUCGACUUCCACGAGUUCAACGGGCACAUCCUCGGCAAGCAGCCCACCGCGCCCGUGCCCAUCAACCUCACCUUCCCCCUCGCCAACGAGGUGUCGCCUUGGCUGCGUAGCGGGUUCCCCCAGCCGGUGACGGCCCCCUCGUUCGUGUUUCCGCGUGCGGACCGUUUGCUGGAGAAGGCCGUCGCGGCGGCCGGCCCCGACGAGGGCCCUGCGCUGCUCAACAUGAGCGCCUUCCUCAUCGAGAGCAGGAACCUCACCUACGAGUCCAGGUACGGCGCAGUCCUGUUUGGUCCGCGCACGGCCAGCGGCGCGGUCGGUUACAGCAUCCUGCACAACACGACGGCGCAGCACGCCGCGCCGCUGUACAUCAACCUGGUUAACGACGCGCUGCUCAAGGCCGCGCACGCCAGCCGUGACGUCAGCAUCGCGACACGGAACCACCCGCUGCCGCAGAGCUACAGCCAGCGGCGGCAGCGGCGUGACAUCGGGGCCUUCAGCGCGAGCAUCAUCGUGUGCGUCGCGUUCGCCUUCAUCCCGGCAUCCUUCGCGGUCGCCGUUGUCAAGGAGCGCGAGACGGGAGCCAAGGCGCAGCAGGUGCUGAGCGGCGUAUCGCUGACGAGCUACUGGGUGUCCACCGCGCUGUGGGACGGCGUGUCGUACCUGCUCCCUGCCAGCCUGGCGCUCGCGCUCUUUGCGCUGUUUGGCGUGGACGAGUUCAUCGGGGCCGAGUCGCUGCUGCCAACCGCGCUGCUGCUGCUCGCGUAUGGCCCCGCGGUGGCCGCGCUGACGUACUGCCUCACGUUCGCAUUCACGCACCACGCGGCCGCGCAGAACGCGGUGCUGCUGGUGCACCUCUUCACGGGCCUGCUGCUCAGCCUGGCCAGCUUCAUCAUGAGCCUCAUCAAGAAUACGCGCCACACCAGCCACACCCUCAAGGCCUUCUUCCGGCUGUUCCCCGGCUUCUGCCUGGCGGACGGCCUGUCCAGCCUGGCGCUGCGGCAGCAGGGCCUGGACCCGGACCUGCCGUCGUCCGCCCUCGCGUGGGACGUCAGCGGCGCCAACAUCGUGUACCUCCUCGUCGAGGCUGCGGUCUACUUCAGCGUCGCGCUGCUGCUGGACCACGUGCCCCCCCUGCACCACCUGUGGUACGCGCUCCCCGCCGCGCCCGCCCCCUGGAGCCGCCGCGCCGCCCUAGCCCCCGCAUACUCGCUCGUGCCGUCGGCACCCUCUACUCCUUCCGGACCCGGCAGCUUGCCGCCGUCCCCUCGGCUCGGCCCGCAAGCCGACCCUGCGUCCCCGUAUGCUGACGAGGACGCGGACGUUGCGGCGGAGCGUGCGCGAGUGGAGGGUCCUGCGGGGCGCGGCAGCCUGGUGCGCCUGUCAGGGCUGCGCAAGGUGUACCCCAGCCCCGGGGGUGGCCCGAGCAAGGUGGCCGUGCAGUCGCUGAGCUUCGGCAUCGGGCCGGGGGAGUGCUUCGGCUUCCUGGGCGUGAACGGCGCGGGCAAGACCACGACGCUGGGCAUGCUCACGGGGGAGGUCGCGCCCUCCGACGGCACCGCCUUCGUCGUCGGGAACGACAUCCGCACCAACCAGACCGCAGCGCGCAGGCUGGUGGGGUACUGCCCGCAGCGCGACCCGCUGCUGGAGCUGCUGACGCCGCGCGAGCACCUGCAGCUGUACGCGCGCAUCAAGGGCGUCCCCGAGAAGAACCUGCCCGAGGUCGUGGAGGCCAAGCUCAAGGAGCUAGAGCUGGUGGGGUGUGCGGACGUGCGCGCGGGCGUGCUGAGCGGCGGCAACAAGCGCAAGCUGAGCGUGGCGCAGGCCAUGGUGGGCGACCCGCCCAUCAUCAUCCUCGACGAACCCUCCACAGGCAUGGACCCUGCUGCGCGGCGGUUCUUGUGGGACGUGGUGUCGCGGCUGUCGGUGCGCGCGGGGCGGUGCGCGGUGCUGCUGACGACGCACAGCAUGGCGGAGGCGCAGGCGCUGUGCAGCACCAUCGGCAUCAUGACCGCGGGCCGCCUGCGCUGCCUCGGCUCCCCGCAGCACCUCAAAACACGCUUCGGCGCCGCGCUCGAGCUCGAGGUGAAGGCGGUGACCCCCAGCCUGGCCGCGCUGGCGCUGCUGUGCGAGCGCGUGAUGACGUCCAUCCCCGCCCUCCUCCGCUACGGCCACGAGCACAGCCAGCCCGAGGAUGCUCCCGCCAGCGACGUGGACGCUUUGCGCGCGGGGCUGGACCUCGCGGCUGCGCUGCCGGCGGAGGCGGUGGUGGCGGCAGCGUGCGCGCUGGGCGACGAGGACCGCGCGGCGCUGCUGCUGGGGGGCGACGCGGGGGCGGCGCAGCAGAACCCGGGCGAGCACGACGCGAGCAUGACCAGCAGCGUGCAGGAACAGCUCGCGCACGACGGCUGGCUCAGCGUGCAGACGUUCUGCGAGUGGUGGCUCGUGGCGGAGCAGAGCAGCGCCAUCGACGCGUUCGUGCGCGCCACCUUCCCGGGAGCCGCGCUCCUGGAACACACCGCCGCCACGUUCCGCUAUCAGCUACCGCGGGAAGGGGGCCGCUCAUUGGCGCAGGUCUUCGCCGCAAUGGAGGCGCAGCGGGCGGCUGUGGGCAUCGCCGAGUACAGUGUUGGCCAAACGACGCUGGAGGCGAUCUUCAACAACUUUGCGGCACGGCAAGAGGAUGCCGACCGGGGGUGAGACACAACGCGCACAAGGGACGCAGUGCGCAUGUGUCGCGGCACCACUCCCCUAUUUGAGGGCUGCCAUACCCGAGAGAGAAAAGGAAGAGGGGCUGUGUUGUUUGACGAACUUAGCCUCAAGUUGAGUUUGGGCAUGUCGUGUACGCCAAAGUACGGCCCUAUACGGCGAGCGCAAUGGAAACUCACUGCUUAUCAUCAGGUUACUCACGCUAACCAGGUCAUCGGUCAUCGAUGCACUGGCAGGUUACCUGCCCUGCCAGGGUGACGAUAGCCGUUCGCUGUGUUGCUCAAGGCAUCCGAUUAGCAUCCAGCAACUGCCUGAGCAGCCGCGUCAUUACGCCUGAGUGAAACUAGCGUUUUGAUCGAGGCACCAGGGAAAGUACGUGCACGUCGUGGAAAGUCCAGCGCGCAUCAGCGGGGAUUGGCCAGCCGUCCGACCCAAGACCAAUGGCCAUGCGCUGAGUUUAGCAGGCUUCUGAGAGACCGGACUGUGACUUAAAGAGGAAAAGAAUGAUGAAUGAUGAAUGAAUGAUGGCCUCGCAUAGCGCAUCCACGACCGACUGAGAGGC